AUGGCGCUUGUUCAUCUGACUGCGUUAGCUGCAUGUGGGCUUUUGCUGGUAAUUCUCCGCGCCGCCUUCAAUAGUUGGAGAUUGCAGCGAAAACUACCGCCUGGCCCCCCGGGUGCCCCGUUGAUAGGUAAUAUUCUCCAAUUACCCAAAGUUCGGGCGCAUCAAAAAUUCACCGAAUGGGCCAGAACCUACGGAGGUCUCUACAGCUUCCGUAUUGGACCAGCGACCGCCGCGGUGGUUACGGACCGCGCUCUGGUCAAGGAGCUGUUCGACAAACGGAGCGCGCUGUACAGCUCACGUCCGACCUCAUAUGUGGGGCAGAACAUCAUCACACGGGGAGACCAUCUCCUGGUCAUGGACUAUAGCGACAAUUGGCGACUGUUUCGCAAAGCCAUCAACCAGCAUUUCAUGGCCUCCAUGUGUGAAAAAACACAUGUCCGCCUGCUCGAGGCUGAGCAUACGCAGAUGAUGCGCGACUUCCUCCUUCAUCCCGAGAAACAUAUGCUGCACACCAAGCGCACAACUAAUAGCAUCAUCAUGAGCUUGCUGUUCGGUAUACGCACUCCGUCAUGGGACACCCCACAUAUGCAGGAAUUGUAUGAAAUAAUGGAGAUUUGGUCCCAGAUCAUGGAGACCGGUGCCACCCCACCCGUGGAUAUCUUUCCGUGGCUGCAUUGGGUGCCACAGCAGUGGCUGGGCCACUGGGUGGAUCGCUCACAGACUGUGGCCCGUGGUAUGAAGCGCCUGUAUAGUUCAUUCCACCGACGGGCCAUCGAGGCACGUCGUAAGGCAGAGAGCACCUCCCAGUCCCGCGCCCGGACCUUCCUCGAUGACGUGCUUGAUCUUCAGGAGAAGCUUGGUCUCACAGAUAACCAGGUUGACUUCUUGGGUGGGGUUAUGAUGGAGGGAGGAUCAGAUACGGGUUCCACAAUGCUUCUGGUUAUGAUCCAAGCGUUGGCCCUCCAUCCCGAGAUUCAACAGCGAGCACGAGCUGAAAUCGAUGCUGUUUGUGGAGAAAACCGAUCUCCAACGUGGGAGGACUUUCCUCGUCUGCCUUAUAUCAACAUGAUCGUUAAAGAAACAAUGCGCUGGCGGCCAGUUACACCCUUGGCCUUUCCACACGCCCUCAACAAGGAUGACUGGGUGAAUGGCUAUUUCCUCCCCAAGGGAACCACCGUCUUCCUGAAUGUCUGGGGCCUACAUCAUGACGAAAACAUCUUUCCGAACCCCGACCAGUUCGACCCCUCGCGAUUCGAAGGCCGACAUAAGCUGGCGUUCGACUAUGCCGCAUCGCCCGACUACAUGCAGCGUGAUCAUUACAUCUACGGUGCCGGACGACGCCUGUGUCCUGGGAUUCAUCUGUCCGAGCGCAGCAUGUUCCUGGGCGCUGCAAAACUUCUCUGGGCAUUUAACUUUGAGCCGGCGCGCGAUGAAAAUGGCAAUCCCAUCCGAAUCGAUACCGACCCGGUCACCGGCUACACCGAGGGCUUCUUAGUCUGUCCGCGACCAUACCAAUGCAAGGUCACGCCACGAUCCCCCGCUCAUGCGGAGACGAUCCUCCGAGAAUUUUCCCGGGCCGAAUCAGAAGUUCUUUCUCAGUAUGCGAUGCCAUAG